AUCGUCUAAUAAACAUGAAACUGAUACUGGUACUUUGCCUUGUAGCCCUAGCGGUGGCAGCUCCUCCUCCAUUAUCAAAUUACCCCACGGACGAGGCUCAGCUUCUGCGCUUCGAAAACGAAAUCUUUGAAAAUGGAGGAUAUGGCUUUUCAUUUGAACAAUCUGAUGGCCAGACACGCGAAGAACAAGGAGAGUUGAGAAAUGUCGGAACUGAAGACGAAUACACAGUUGUUAAGGGUUCCUACUCCUGGGUCGGCCCCGAUGGUGUCAAAUACAUCGUUAGGUACAUUGCUGAUGAAAAUGGUUUCCAGCCUGAAAUCGAAGAAGGACCCGGUGGUGGCGUGCCUCCUGCAGUAGUUGCCAGCCUCCUUGGUUAAAUGAUUUCAUACAUAUCGUUACUAGUCUUUGCCGUAUUUUAGUAAUAUUAUUUGGUUAUAAAAUAAAAAAAAAACUAUUGCUUA